AUAGUUGCCUUUUGCGUUGGCAUGUGAUUUAAGUUAAAUGAAAAUCGAAUUUCAUAAAAAUAAAAUAAAUCAAUUAAUAUGGAACAAGAUACAAUAAUAAUGGUCGAGCAACGGAGCGAACGCUAUAAAGACUCUGACUAUCAGGACUAUCAGACUGCGGUCAGAGAACUCAUCUUGUAUCCGGAUUACGGGCCAUUCUAUGGCAUAAUGGGCGUGGUCGCUGCCAUUGUAUUCUCCUCGAUUGGUUCCGCAUAUGGCACAGCAGUUUCUGGCACGGGAAUUGCCGCCACGGCAGUUAUGCGUCCGGAGCUGAUCAUGAAAUCGAUAAUUCCCGUUGUUAUGGCGGGAAUCAUAGCCAUCUAUGGACUGGUCGUAUCGGUGCUAAUUUCUGGUACGCUGGAUACCGCCGCAACUUAUCCGGUGGCCAAGGGUUAUGUGCAUCUGGCGGCCGGCCUAUCAGUGGGCAUGUGCGGUUUGGCCUCCGGGUAUGCGAUUGGAAUUGUUGGCGAUGUCGGUGUGCGCAAUACGGCGCAGCAACCACGUCUGUUUAUUGGCAUGAUCUUGAUGCUGAUAUUCGCUGAGGUGCUGGGACUAUAUGGCAUGAUUGUGGCCAUAUAUCUAUACACGAAGGAUGUUUAGAUUCUUGUGCUGCUCAUCUCUUCUAAUAAAAUUACAAAUUACACGUAAAAUGUAAACAAUUUCAAAUAUGGCGCCAUAAAAAUGAUCAAAUAAACGAUUGUUAAUA